UACUCAAUCGGCACUUCGGCAGUCAGCACUCAGCAGCGCCCUCGGCUGGGCUCGUCGGGCGCGUAUACCAAACGUUAGAUCACCACCGUCGACCCUGCGACCGGUGCCCACCGUCGCCAUGGCGACGCCGCCUCGUUUCCCUCCCGCCCUCGCCGGCUGCUUCCCGCGCAGAGGCUCGCCUCGGGGCCCGGACAACCCUAACCCUAGGCCAAGCUCUCCUCUCCCCGGCUCUCCCGAGGACGCCCUCCUCCGCGCUGCCUUCGACGGCGACCUCCGCCUCGUCAAGAAGAUGACGAGAGUGCUGGACGGGGGCGAGGAACGGGGCGCGGAAAAGGUGAGGGCUGUGCGGAGCAGCAACGGACUGGGCGCUCUGCACCUCGCCGCUGCCCGUGGGAAGCUGCCGGUGUGCCGAUACCUGGUCGACGACCUGGGUCUGGAUGUCAAUUCAAUCAACGAGGCAGGUUUGACCCCCUUGACAUGUGCUAUUGAUGCUGGGAGCGUGGAUGUGGUGCAGUACCUCCUCAAUAAUGGCGCUGAUACAGAAACACUCAUCAGCACUGGGCUUACUCCUCUUGUUUACGCUGUUGGAAAAGGAAACUGUGAAAUAGUACAAGCCUUACUCUGCAAAGGAGCAUAUGUUGAUGCAUUAACUACUGUUGGGGCAGCACUGCAUCUUGCUGCUCAAAAUGGGCGUGAUGAUAUCGUGAAGGUUUUGUUGGAUCACCAUGCAGAUGGAUUUCUAAUCUUCUUGAUCUCUCAACAGCAUAACAAGAUAGCUUGGGGUGUCAACAGACCUCUUAUUUAUGCCAUUUCUGCUCGUUCAUUGAAAUGUGUGAAGCUUCUUAUUGAGGCUGGUGCUGAUGUUCAGGGUAUUGGUACUGAAACACCCUUAGCACUUGCUGCUACUGAUGGCUUAACUGACAUCCUGAAGUGCUUAGUUCAAGCUGGUGCAGAUCCCAAUGUUUGUGAUGGUUUUGGAUUCACUCCGAUAGAAACUGCUGCACGUUACAAUAGGCGUGAGGAUGUUGAGAUACUAUUUCCAGUCACCUCUCGUAUUCCAACUGUUAAUGAUUGGAGUGUUGAUGGAAUCAUUAGCUAUGCAAAAUCAAAGCCAGCACUCAAGGAUGAGGAUUUGUAUACAGUGAUGCUUGCUAAUUUAAAGUUUCAAGGACGUGAAGCGGUCAAGAACAAAGAUUAUCUUGGCGCAGUUGACAUUUACACUAAGGCGAUGAACCUUGACCCUGCUGAUGCAACCUUGUUCGCCAAUAGGAGCCUUUGUAGGCUUCGCAUGGGUGAUGGGAGGAAGGCUUUGACAGAUGCUGUAGCUUGCAAGUCUAUGAGACCUGGCUGGUCAAAAGCUUGCUACCGUGAAGGAGCUGCCCGAAUGGUACUGAAGGACUAUGAAAAAGCAUGUGGUGCUUUUCUUGAUGGCCUGAAACUGGAGCCAGGGAAUGCAGAGAUCGAAUCCGCUUUAUGGGAGGCUUUGGAAUCCUUGAAGAUAUCUCACAAAAAAGAGAAAGAAUAGCUUGGUUAAUUUAGAUGUCAGAAAGUUGUACAGAACCUGCACUAGUAGUCUCCUUAAAAGAUGGAGCUGCCCUCUUUUGCUGUUGACCAAGCCACAUGUGAAGUUCUGAAGUGAAGUCUGGAAGAGACGGAGUGUUUUGGGUAACCAUUAUAUGACCUUUUGCUAAUUAUACGCUUGGUCUUGUGAUAUAUCCAAGAAAGAACUGAAAGAGGGAGCAUGCCCACUCAAUCACAUUUUGAGAGCACUUAUGUCAAAUUUGUAAGCUAGACCAGAAUGACAUCAGCGUUAUCGGAGUUCAUGGUGUGUUUGGUUUGGUGCCCAAGCUGGCUGAACCAAAA